AUGCGGUGGGUUAUGGGACGAUUCUGGAUGAUGAGAGCUUCAAGAGUUCGAUCUUCAGUUUGGAAAGUUAGCCAUAAACGUCCUGGUGAUCUCUCGUUUUCUCUCACUGCACCUGUGUCUUGCGUUUGCACGAAUGCAUUUGGCCAUAUAGCUGCUAUUAGCUGUGCUCUAUAUGUCCUAAUUGAUCUGAUUUUAUCAGGUUACAAUGCAAGUGAUUCUGAUUCAGACGAGGUUAAGGAUGGCUCUUGAGUCUUGAUUCAAUCAACUUGGCAGUUCUAUCGAUUACAAUUUGGAAGGUCCUUUCAACUUGUGCUGUUUCACCUUCAAGGGUGCCCAUUGUUCCAUCCAUGGAAGUUCCUGUUACAACAUCAAUACAUCCUGUCAAAUUUGUUUGUUUGUCUUCCAUGUUAUAAAUGCUUUCUCGGAUAGAGUCGAUCACAGACAGAAACAACAAUUUGAGCUAUUAAUUUUUGCCUUGGUUAUUGAGUGAUGCUGGCCAGUAUUUUGACUCUGCAAUUUUUCUAUUAGCCAUAGGAUGAGAAGUGUUGUAGCCGAGGCUUGAUAGUUAUAUACGAUAGCUUCAUGCCCGAAUCCACAAGUUUGUGUGCUUUAAGCUACUCAGAUCUUCAGUUCGAAAUGAAGUUACUCUUACAAUCCAGGGGUUCAAGUUCAGAUUGGGUCAGAGACCAGGAAGUAGACUUGGUCGCCACAACAUUGAUUUGGCCAUAUGGUGAAAGACGAUAUCUGGAGAGUUGAGACUCUAUUCUUAAACAUCCAUUGAGAUAGUUCCUCCCCAGCUUGUUUGUAUAAAGAAGAUAUAAUACCUGAUAGAGGAUGUUUCUCUGUCUCAUUUGGUUAUUUGAUAUAUGGUACUUUAUUGUCUUGACCCUUGGGUCUUCACCUCCCCUGAAAAUUAUCCACUUUUUUUCUUUUGGAUUUCAGUUAAAGUAAUGCCUGUCUAGAUGGAUUGAUGCCAGUUUAUACUGGGUAUUCUGUCAUAGCUAUGGAAUAUUUGUUCCCCAUCAACCUUUAUUCCGG